AUGCCCGACCUGGAGACAGCCUCGGAAGGGACCGCGGGGGACAACGCUGGUGGCACCAUGCGAGACCAGCACUACCUGUGCAGAGGCAAAGAAGGGAGCUGGAGACGGUGCCUCUCCAUUCAGCCCGAGCUGCAGGACCUGGCCGCCCAGCUGACCACGAGCAUCAAUUCAGCACCAAAACUGAAAUACUGCAAUGCCUUUGGCCUUCUCCAGCUUGCAGAUACCAACGCUUUGCCAAGCCUGAAAGAACUUCUGGAGUCUGUUCCAAACACAGAGAAAAGGACCUGGGAUUUGUUAAGUUGGAUUUUAUCAUCUAAGGUCUUCAUGAUACAAAGUACUAAGAAACAGGAGUACGGGAAGAUCCAAGAACUCACAGGGAUGUCUGGGGCUGUGGUUCCUGCUCCAGACUACCUCUUUGAGAUCGUGUAUUGCGAUCAAAUGAACUCCAAGUUUGCUGAGACCAAGGGAGAGCGGGACCUCAUCUACGCCUUCCACGGGAGCCGCCUCGAGAACUUCCAUUCCAUACUGCACAACGGCCUGCACUGCCAUUUGAACAGGACGUCCCUGUUUGGUGAAGGUACCUAUCUUACCAGUGACCUGAGCCUGGCUCUCCUUUAUAGCCCUCAUGGUCUUGGUUGGCAGCGAAGUGCGCUGGGCUCUAUCCUUAGCUGCGUAGCUGUUUGCGAGAUCAUUGACCAUCCAGAUGUGAAGUGUCAGGUCAAAAAGAAAGAUUCAGAAGAAAUAGACAGAAAAAGAGCAAGAGUGAAAAACAGCGAAGGGGGUGAUGUACCACAGAAAUACUUUGUUGUCACAAACAAUCAGCUUUUACGAGUUAAAUACUUGCUGGUAUAUUCACAGAAACAGCAUAGGAGGCCUUCUAGUCAAUCUUCCUGGUUUUACACCCACCGUUUCGCCAUCAUGAUGAUGCUGUACCUCCUGCUGCUAAUAGUGAUAGGGGCCAGCAACUCGCCAACCUUCGUCUACUACUGGCACAGAAUGUUUGACUCGGAGAGAUGAAUUGCUCGAGAUGAUAAACUGUUAUUUUCACCACGUGCCUUAAGAAUAACCAAUCUGCAACGCACUGCAUCUAUUCCAGAGCUCUGGAAAUAAAGGUGCCGGGAGCUUUCCAGUUCUGUCUCCAGUAUAUUAUCCUCAUGGCAUCUUUCCAUUUAUUCUUAUUUCUGUGUUCUGAUGAUUCAUGAGGAUGCCCAGUACAGCUGAAAAGGAUCACAAUGGUGCAGCUUAGCAUGAAUCAAUUGUUAAGGGUCCAUGGGAAAAAGUUACUUAAAGUUAGUGAAAACUCAGUGCAGAAACACUCAGGUGUAACUAUCUUCUGUCAAACUGAGGUGGUAAUAUUUGCACAAGUUAGAAAGGAGGAUUUUUCUGUCGAACAAAGCAGCCUGGAGGGAGUCUUACCAGUUUGUUUUCAGAAACUGAAUUUAGUGAUGUUUAGCAUGUAUCAAUGCAGAUGGGAUCACUUUUAAAACUAACUU